CGGGUCGGAGGGAACGGGAAGUCGGGACGUGGCCGCCGCAGCGGAGCCGGAGGAUGGCGGCGGCUCUGAGCGCUGAGCGGUUGGAGGUGUCGGUGGACGGGCUGACGCUCAGUCCCAACGCCGAGGCGCCGCCCUGCGAAGCGCGGCCCGGCCACGGGGAUUCGGCUGCGGGGCGGAACCGAGCGGGCCCCGGUUGCCCGAGCCAGGCGGAGGCCGGCGGGGAGGAGGCGGCAGCGGCGCUGAGCCCGGAGCGGCGCUGGGGCUUCGCGCUGGAGGAGCUGUACGGCUUGGCGCUGCGAUUCUUCAAGGAAAAAGAUGGCAAAGCCUUUCAUCCAACAUAUGAAGAAAAACUCCGACUUGUGGCACUGCACAAGCAGGUUCUGCUGGGACCUUACAAUCCUGAUACUUGCCCUGAAGUUGGGUUCUUUGAUGUGCUGGGGAAUGAUAGAAGGAAGGAAUGGGCUGCCCUUGGAAACAUGUCAAAGCAAGAAGCUAUGACAGAGUUUGUUAAGCUCCUAAAUAGGUGCUGCCACUUGUUCUCAACAUAUGUUACUUCUCACAAAAUAGAAAAAGAAGAACAAGAAAAGAAAAGAAGAGAGGAGGAAGAGCGAAGGCGCCGUGAAGAAGAGGAGCUUGAGCGCUUACAGAAAGAAGAAGAAAAACGCAGGCGAGAGGAGGAAGAGAGGCUGAGAAGAGAAGAGGAGGAGAGGAGGAGAAUAGAGGAGGAGCGGCUUCGGAUGGAACAGCAAAAGCAACAGAUCAUGGCAGCACUGAACUCCCAGACUGCCAUGCAGUUCCAGCAGUAUGCUGCUCAGCAGUAUCCCGGCAACUAUGAACAGCAGCAGAUCCUCAUUCGGCAGCUCCAAGAACAGCACUAUCAACAGUAUAUGCAGCAGUUGUAUCAAGUCCAGCUAGCACAGCAGCAGGCAGCCUUGCAGAAACAGCAGGAGGCAGUUGUAGCAGCAGCAGGGACAUCUCUGACUACUGCAUCCAAGAUGAAUGUACCUGCCCAAGGGGAUAUGCCUUCUAUUAAUGGGCAAGCCAGUGCACACACAGACAGCCCUGAAAAAGAGUUGGAUCCAGAGGCUUUGGAAGAAGCAUUGGAGAAUGGACCAAAAGAUUCUGUUCCAGUGAUAGCUGCUCCAUCAAUGUGGACACGACCCCAGAUAAAAGACUUCAAAGAGAAAAUCCGGCAGGAUGCAGACUCUGUGAUCACAGUGGGCCGAGGGGAAGUGGUUACAGUUAGAGUACCAACUCAUGAAGAGGGGUCUUACCUCUUUUGGGAGUUUGCUACAGACAAUUAUGACAUUGGUUUUGGGGUGUAUUUUGAAUGGACAGACUCCCCUAAUACUGCAGUGAGUGUGCAUGUCAGCGAAUCCAGUGAUGAUGAGGAUGAAGAAGAAGAAAAUGCUGGCAGUGAAGAAAAAGCCAAAAAGAAUGCCAACAAGCCUCAGCUAGAUGAAAUAGUGCCUGUGUACAGACGAGACUGUCAUGAAGAAGUGUAUGCUGGCAGCCACCAGUACCCAGGGAGAGGAGUUUACCUCCUGAAAUUUGACAACUCCUACUCUCUAUGGAGGUCAAAAACAGUUUACUACAGAGUUUAUUAUACUAGAUAAGUAUGGCUGUGUUUGAGGCUGGGCUGUGCAGAAGAUGUCGUUUUAUUUGGAAUUUCUUCAAGCAUAAUGGAUCCUUUUGAGUCUGUCUUAUCCUGUCUGUAUCUGUAUGGUUUGUGUGAACUUUAACAAGUAAACACUGGGAUCUUCCUGCUCCAUGACACUAAUGCAUAUUGCAUUGGGCUUAACACAGGAUCUCCCUAGCCCACUGGGGUAUUGGAGUUAACCAAUGGCAAUCAUUGGCUCCAGUGCUUAAGGUCACAUCAGCUGUAUUUGUGAAAGCCUCGUGUGAAAAGGGGGAGGGGAUCACUAGUUCACUGGCUGGGUGAUCUGAGGUUUCCAAGUCUGGAUGCUUUCAAUAACUUGUUAACGGUUAACUUAAAGGUCCCAUCAGUAACCGGUAGAUUUGGAUGCAGUUUGCUGUGUAGCAAGUUUCUCUUAACUGUAAUCAAAUGUCAGAUUUUUACACCAUUAAAACUUAAAAUUUCAGUUGA